AUGGCCACCAAAGCAGAGGGAAGACUCGAUAAGCAGCAGCAGCAGCAGCAGCUGCAGCAGCAGCAGCAGCAAGAAGCACACAAACAGCAGCAGCAGCUGCUGCAGCAGCAAAUGAAGCAACAGCAGCAGCAGCAACAGCAACAAGGGCUGCAGCAGCAGCAGCAGCAGCAAAAUGCGCACUACUGGCAACAGCAGCUGCUGCAGCAGCACGCGCAGCAACAGCAGCAGCAAAAAGCGCACUAG